AAAAUUGUCAAUGAUUAAUGUGCUGUCAAAAAAGGGUUUAGAACAUAUACAACUUUGAAAAUAUUAAAAUGGAAAUGUAUAUUUUCCAUCCUUGUAGCACUUAUGUUUUUAUAGUGUUAUUACUCUGUAUACUUAGAUAAAUUUAUCAGUCCAGGAAGAGGAGAGAUAGCGUAUAAGUUGUAGAUGACAGUUGUGGCAAGUUUAUUAUUUAAGAAUUAAACUAUUGAUAUUUGCUUUUAUGCAAUGAAUUUUUAUUGGUUUUAUUAUAAUUGUUUAUUCAACAAUGCAUCAUAAAACAUAUUCAAUGAUUUUAAUGGUAGCAGCAUCUGGUGUUAUACUUACAAUAUUUCAGUUUUGGUUGAGUUCUUAUUAUGAUACAGCAUUAUUGCCUCAUGACGUAAAAGAUCCAGUAGUCUUAUGGUGGUCACCAUUUGUUGGAGAUGAAAAUCGCUUAAGUACUUGCGAGGAUGUUCAAUGCUACUUUACACAAAACAAAUCAUUUACAUCUCAUUUAUUACUCAAGGCAAUACUUUUUUAUGGAAGCAAUUUUAAUGUUGCUGAUUUACCAUUACCAAGAUCAAGAAAUGUUACUUGGGGAUUAAUUCAUGAAGAAUCUCCGAGAAACAAUCCAAUACUCGUUCAUGAUGAUGCGUUGAAUUUAUUCAAUUAUUCAGCAACUUUCAGUCGUUAUAGUGACGUACCAUUGACUUUAGUUGAUUUGCCAGGUGAAGAAGAAUUAACAGACACAUCAUACCUUGUACCAUUUAAGGAGAAGUCUGAGUUGGUGUAUAAAAAUAGUCUCGCUCCUGUCCUAUAUAUUCAAUCGGACUGUGAUACAGCAAGUGAUAGAGAUUCAUAUGUAGCUGAAUUAAUGAAAUAUAUACAAGUCGAUUCGUAUGGACCUUGUUUAAACAAUCGGCCGUUGGUGGAAAGCCUCAAGGAUAAUCAUAUGGAAACAUUAAUGAGUAAAGAAUUCCUAUCAUUUGUGGCAAAAUACAAAUUCACACUGGCUUUCGAAAAUGCCGUUUGCAAUGACUACAUCACAGAGAAACUUUGGCGGCCACUGAUCGUUGGAUCUAUCCCAGUUUACUAUGGUUCGCCAACUUUCAAAGAUUGGCUCCCCAACAAUCAAUCAGCGAUAUCAGUUCUGGAUUUUAAAAACCCUAAAGAUUUAGCAGCUUUUUUACUCAAGCUUGCCAAUAACGAAGCAGAUUACCAGGAAUACUUAAAUCACAAGUUACUUGAUAGAGAUAAUAGAAUAACGAAUGAUCGCUUAUUAAAAGCACUACAAAGCAGACCAAAAGGUUAUGCAAAUGAUUUUGGAAAUUAUGUACAAGCUUUUGAGUGCUUCGUAUGUAGAAAAGUGCAUAAUUCUCAAAGAAGCUUAAUGACAAGCAAACAAUAUUCAUGUCCGCUACCUACAAAUCCUUUGACAGGAAAAAUAAAUCACGGGAACGUCUGGGUAGACCAAUGGAAUAUUGAAAAAUGUGGUGCCAAAUUACUUGCUCAUUUUGUAUCAAAUAAUAAAAGUAUUGAUAUUAAACAAUUCAAUAAUGAACAAUUUCGUAUGUAUAAUAAAGCAGAGUGCUAAUAUA